CAUUGAUCAACAAUGCCAAGGGGGCGGGGCCAGCGGUGAUUGCGUCAUAAAGGAACCGAAGAUGGCUUCACGAUGCGCUAAGGCAGUGCUUAGAUGCGUCAACGCUCAGCUGUCAGAACACACAUUUAUAUGAAAAGGAAGGAAGGGUAAAGGAAUACUGGGAGGAAGGCAGGCGAGCCGUUCAGAUUUAUGUCUCCAGACAGUUUAUGCUGCACUUGGGUUGUUUAACAGUCAGGGACAAUGGGUUCGACUACAGAUGAAGAAUUUAAAGAGAAAUUACUAUGGAACGUCAAAAGAGAAGUGAAGCAGAUUAUGGAGGAGGCGGUGACCAAGAAGUUUGUGCAUGAAGACAGCAGCCACAUUAUUGCACUUUGCAGCUCCAUUGAGGCUUGCUUAAGCCACCUGUUGAAGCGAAGAGCAGCAGGAUUCCUCCGCAGCGAUAAGAUCGCUGCCCUCUUCACCAAGAUCGGCAAGGUGAACACCACAGCGGGUGAAAUCUGCCGCAAGGUUCAAGAACAGCUACAGCAGCAAGCCGAAAUCACCAGGAGAACCCAGAGCACAGGACAGGAGCCCCUCCGGAGGCAGGGCUCCUCUGCCGGCCGAGCGCCUCAGCCACUCUCUGCGCAGGCCAUCAAGCACAUAUGGGUCCGCACGGCCCUCUUUGAGAAAGUCCUGGACAAAGUAGUGCAGUAUAUUGUGGAUAAUGCAAGUAAGUAUUAUGAAAAGGAGGCCCUCAUACACGACACUGUGUUUGGCCCGAUACUGGCUGCACUGCUGGUCGGGCCUUGCGCUCUAGAGUACACUAAGCUCAAGACGUCGGAUCAUUUCUGGACGGACCCGUCAGCAAAUGAGCUGGUCCAGAGGCAUCGCAUUCACGGGGCCCACAGGGGCCAAGAAGUGUCACCGGGCCGCAGGCCUGCACUUGGGAUCCGAAAGCGGCAGUCCUCUGGAAGCAUGUCUGAGGACAAAUUUGCAGCCUCGGCAAGAGAGUACGUCGAAUCCCUGCACCAAAACUCACGCAUUCACUUGCUCUACGGAAAAAACAAUGUACUCGUUCAACCGAAGAAGGACAUGGAGGUGCUGCGUGGUUACCUGUCCCUUCAUCAGACGGCUGAAACACUCACGCUGAAGUGGACGCCCAAUCAGCUAAUCAAUGGCACUCUGGGAGACUGUGACUUGGAGAAGAGUAUUUACUGGGACUACGCUUUGACUGUGCCUUUAAGACAGAUCGUCUGCAUUCAUUGUCACCAGCGCCCGGACUGUGGGGGUACUCUGGUGUUAGUAAGUCAGGAUGGGAUCCAGCGGCCUCCUCUGCACUUCCCUCCUGGGGGCCACCUGCUGGCUUUCCUGUCCUGUUUGGAGACGGGUUUACUGCCCCGGGGUCAGCUUGAGCCACCCCUCUGGUCCCAGAAGGGCAAGGGUAAAGUCUUCCCUAAGCUCCGUAAGAGGAACAGCGCGGCCCGUUUAGUAGAUCAGGAUGGAGAUAGAGAGGAGCAGAUCGCUGCAGACUAUGUGUUUCGCAUCGUCUAUCCGGGGCACCGUCACGACUCAACAGUCACUAUAAACUACCACCACACCACGGGCAGUCGUGCGCCCUCUCUGGACGACGAUGAGGAGGAGGAAGAUAGACUUCACGCUAUGAUCUCUAUGAUCUGCUCACGGAACCUCACAGAUCCUAAUGUCAUGAAAGACCACGGGGACAUGAUGGAGAUGCAGGGUUUUGGCGGCAGCCCGUUGUCAUGGCAGCAGGGCGAGUGCACCAGUCAUAUGUCAUCUUGUCUGUCCUGCUCCACUGGGGGCAGCAACGCUUCUGUCGAGCUUCCAGCGAGCUGUACCUGCAUGCAUGACCGUAUUCCACUGAAGAUGCUGUGCCAAAAUAUGAAGAGACAGAUUGUGUCUCGAGCGUUUUAUGGCUGGCUGGCCUACUGUCGUCACCUGUCCACUGUGAGGACGCACCUUUCAGCACUGGUCAACCACAACAUUGUCCCUCCGGACAAGCCCUGUGAAGCCUCUGGAGGGCUCAGCAAAGAUGUGUGGAGUAAAUAUCAGAAAGACUGUAAGAAUUAUAAGGAGCUGGAGCUGCUGAGGUUGGUUUACUAUGGAGGGGUGGAGCAUGAGAUCAGAAAGGAGGUGUGGCCAUUUCUGCUGGGCCACUACAAGUUUGGGAUGGACAAGAAAGACAUGGCUCAGAUUGACGAGAAGAUCACAGCAAGGUAUCAGCAGGUUAUGCGGGAGUGGAAGGCAUGUGAGGUCAUUGUGAAGCAGCGGGAAAAAGAGAUGCAGUCGGCUAUCUUUGCCAAGUUGUCGUCAGGGAGCAGUAUAGACAGCCACGUCCUCAGACUCAUCCAUAGGGACUCCACCAUUAGCAACGAGGUAUUCAUGUCCGUGGAUGAGCCUGAUGCAGGGGGUCACGACACCUCAUGUGAGGGAGGAAGCACUCCCACCUUAACCACUGUGGUUACCCCGGCCAUGUUAGCCCCAGACGAGAGGCCGCUGGUGGAGUUUGACUCUCCAGACUCAGGCCUGCCCUCCUCCAGGAACUACUCCGUAGCGUCUGGACAUUCCCAAAUCAUGUCCAGCAUCGAUGACGGACAGAGCAUGGAGGAGGACACUACACCCACUGGAGGAUUGGAGGAGCAGGGUGGACGGGGCUCUCUGAGUGAGGACAAACUCUGCAGUCAGCUGGACAAACUCACAACCACCACUGAGGGCACUGCACCAUCCUUCUCCUCUUAUACGAUUGAGCUGUUGGACACGGUGGCGCUGAACUUGCACAGAAUAGACAAAGACGUUCAGCGCUGCGAUCGUAACUACUAUUACUUCACUACCAGCAACCUGGAGAAACUGAGAAACAUCAUGUGCAGUUACGUGUGGGAACAUCUGGAGAUUGGCUAUGUGCAAGGCAUGUGUGACCUUCUAGCCCCACUGAUGGUCAUUCUGGAUGAUGAGUGCUUGGCCUACAGCUGUUUCACUCAGCUAAUGAAAAGGAUGAGUCAGAAUUUCCCUACCGGAGGAGCCAUGGACACUCAUUUCGCCAAUAUGAGGUCACUAAUACAGAUCCUUGACUCAGAGUUGUUUGAGCUCAUGCAUCAGAAUGGAGAUUACACCCAUUUCUAUUUCUGCUACCGCUGGUUCCUCCUGGACUUCAAAAGAGAGCUACUCUAUGAGGAUGUGUUUGCGGUAUGGGAGGUCAUCUGGGUCGCCCCUCGCAUCUCCUCCAAGCACUUUGUCCUGUUCAUUGCGCUGGCCUUGGUGGAGGUGUACAGGGACAUUAUCCUGGACAACAACAUGGACUUCACUGAUAUCAUCAAGUUCUUUAAUGAAAGCAGAAUGAAAUGGCAAUAUUAAAAACGAGAUGGCCGAGCGCCACGACGUGCAGCACAUCCUCCGAAUAGCGCGGGAGCUGGUACACAAGGUGCAGACCCUUAUCGAGAACAAGUGAGAAUAAGAGUAGGCUGCCGCCCACCGAGUCCCGCCUGGCCAAAUCUCCUGCUCAAGGCUUGAGACCGCCCGGGAUCUGCCUCGACGUCUCGACUCUUAAUAUCGUUUGCCUGCCACAGAAUGCCGUUGUGUCAGACCCUGGCGUUGUCUGCAUGCUCGUGGUGUUUGAGCACACUGUGACUGAGGUUUUUUCCUUUCUCGCUGUACACGCCUCCAGCACACACCGCACCGAUCAGGUCCUUUUAGAUCUGCUUUUAUAAGAAAUGAGAAGCCUCGUACUGGGGGCACAACCGUUUCCUUUCCCUAAUGGCCGCCAAAUGUACAGCAAGUAUUCAACGAUGAAUAAAAAUCGGCGUCGAGCACAGUUUUGAAUCCUCAAACGAGGCUGUGUUACAUCAGCUCCCUUAAAUAAUAACUAAGCCACGAAGAAGUCGUCCAAACAGUGUGUGACCAAAAGGACUGUGCCAAUAACCUUGUGCUAGUAUUUCUAUGCCUCGUUUUAUCGUUUAGCGUCUCUAUUGCCCCUUUUCUUCUGUACGAUGUUUCGGUUGAUGGUGAUAACGACGAUGAUCUUGGAAUAAAAGUAGUUGACGUUGCCUUUGUAACACAUUUCACGACCUGCGUCCAUAUGUUUGCACUUUGAAUCUGUCGCUCCAUGACACCUGUGAUGCUCCUCACUGACAGGUGUUAUCAGGGGUCCCAACACUUCCCUCAGUGUCCUAAAGUCUGGAAAGGGUCCAGGCUCUUCCACAGGUCUGAAAACUGCUUCCACGUGAUGUGACGAGACUAAUUAAGUCACAUUUUAGAUGCUCACUACCUUCAGGCUUUGUUCACACUGCAUAUACUGUACACUACUGCUCAAAAGUUUGGGGUCAGUAAGAUUUUUUUUUUAGCAUUAUAUUCAGCAAGGAUGCGUUCAAUUAAUCAAAAGUGACAGUAAAGACAUUUAUAACGUUACAAAAGAUUUCCGUUUCAAAUAAAUGCUUUCUAUUUUUCAAAGAAUCCUGAAAAAUGUAUGUAUGUGUGGUUUCCACAAAAAUAUUAAGCAGCACAACUCUUUUCAACAUUAAUAAUAAAAGAAACGCUGAAGACUGGAGUAAUGGCUGCUGGAAAUUCAGCUUUGCAUCACAGGAAUAAAUUAUAUUUUAAAAUAUAUUCAAUAAAGAAACCAGUCAUUUUAAAUGAUGAUAAUAUUUCACAAUAUUACUGUUUUUAAUCAAAUACAUGCAGCAUUGUGUUAAAAAUAUUCAAACAAAUCUUACUGACCACAAUCUUUUACAUUAUUUUUACAUUACUGAUUAUUCAACUCCAAUAGUGUCCCGAAUCAUGUAAAAGAACUACUUGAAUCUGAUCUGACUGUUCAAAAAAUUGGAUUUCAAAUGAGAAAUGUCACUAAAUUUGACCACAUUAUGGUUGUUUAUCAUCAAAUGUGUCUUGUUAAAGAAACAUUGCAUAAUAGUUGCACAUUUUAAGUGUAAGUCACUUCCAUACAGUCUUCCCCAUCUUCCAAGUAAUUAAUGCCUAAGGCUGUUUGGAAUCAAAUACUAGCUACCUGUAUUUUUCACACAGUACUGCAAAUUAUAUUUUCUUGAAAAGUAUGUGAAAUAAAUGCAGUGUGCAGUGUGUGACAUCCAAUCGCCAUUUUGCUUGUUUAUAGUUAAAAUGUUAACUAAUCGACAUUCUCUUCAAAUGAAUAAAUGAUAUUAUAUUGGAAAUGGACUGUAUUAUUAUAUUAUAUUCCAUGCAGUGUGCUGUUAUAUACUACACAUUUGGUCGUCAGGGUAUUUCAAGCAUUCAGACAAUUCACGCAUUAGUACGCAUACUGUAUACUGCAGAAGUAGUAGUAUGCUAGUAUGCUAUUCCAAACAGCCGAAAUCCCCCAAAACAAAAAGCAACUGUACUUUUCUAACAGCUGACAGAGAUUAUGGGAGAAGUGGUCUUAUGAUGUGAUUAUCGGUCACUGCCUCAAAUCUUACCAAUUCCUUUUGUUGAAUGCGUGCGAGUGCGAAGGAUGUUUUGGCCCUUACGAAAGGUUUACUUCCGACAGGACCUUGUGUACCAAAGCCUCUAAAACAUCAUCCUUGUCAGACACAUGUGCAUAAACCACAACUCGAAGACUGUUGAUUAGGUGUAUAAAAGACAAAUCAUUUCUUUUCAUUUCUACUGUGAGACAUUUAUUAUCCUCCUUUAUGUGCAUUAUUGCACUGUAAAUAAAGAGAAACGCCCUGGAUUUCUAUGAGGACACUACUGUCAGCUGUAUUUCAGACUCUUAUUUUUUACUUUGGUUUUAGAGACUGUGCUAACCUGGAGAGCUGUACAAUCUGAAUGUGGGAAACCUUUGUUACUUGUUGACUGUUAUGUCCCUUAUCAACGUUGUGCACUGGUUUCUAAUCGUUUCAAAUAUAUAUGUACAUUUUUGUUUGGACGCCAACAUCAGAAUGAAGUAUGUAUUGUAACGGAUGUAUCAUUUACCUUGAAUGUACAUGUAUUAUGGAAAAAAGUUGUUCCUAAAGAUUAAAACAUUUUCAUAUGCA